AUGAGGUACAAGGACGGAAAGCUGUCCUACGGCACCGAGAGCCCGGGGCGCGGCAGGAGGGUCAUCUUCUGCGUCCACGGCAAUCCGUCCACGGGAUGCUGCGCGGUCAUAGAGAGCAGCCAGGACCCCGGAGACCGGCGAAACGGGAGCAUCACAGAGGGUGAAAAACACUGCCACCGCUCGAGGAACGAGGAGAUAGACAAAAGGGCGCGACGGAAGCUGAUAAUCGCCAGUGUGCUGUGUGUCAUAUUCAUGAUUGGUGAAAUAGUUGGUGGUUACCUGUCCAACAGUCUCGCGAUAGCUACGGACGCCGCCCAUCUUCUGACCGACUUCGCUAGUUUCAUGAUCUCGCUGUUCUCGCUGUGGGUCGCCAGCCGACCGGCCACCAGACAGAUGCCGUUCGGCUGGUACCGCGCGGAGGUGAUUGGCGCUCUGACGUCGGUGCUCCUCAUCUGGGUGGUGACGGGGGUGCUGGUGUACAUGGCGGUGCAGAGGGUGAUAAACAAGACGUUCGAGAUCGACGCCACGGUUAUGCUGAUCACCUCCGCCGUGGGUGUCGCCGUCAACUUGGUCAUGGGGCUGACCCUUCACCAGCACGGACACAGCCACGGCGGCCACGGGCACUCGCACGGCGGCACCAAUCCGGUGCUGAAUAACAGGGAGCGCGGCGGGGACUCGGACGCGGAGAGCUCGUCGUCGCACUCACCCGCACAGGCGCACGCGCACACGCACACAGAGAACAUAAACGUGCGCGCCGCCUUCAUACACGUGCUCGGCGACUUCCUGCAGAGCUUCGGCGUGCUGGUCGCCGCGCUCGUCAUCUACUUCAAGCCGGAAUGGAACCUGGUGGACCCGAUCUGCACCUUCCUGUUCUCCAUACUGGUGCUGAUCACCACUUUCAACAUAAUCAAGGACACGCUUUUGGUGCUGAUGGAGGGGUCUCCCCGCGGCGUCGACUUCCAGGAGGUGGCCAACACGUUCCUGUCGCUGCCCGGCGUGGUGCGCAUCCACAACCUGCGCAUGUGGGCGCUGUCCUUGGACAAGACUGCGCUCUCCGCCCACCUGGCCAUACGUAGCGGCAUCAGCCCGCAGAAGGUGCUUGAACAGGCCACCCGUCUGGUGCACGAGAAGUUCAACUUCUUCGAGAUGACCCUCCAGAUCGAGGAGUUCAGCGACGGAAUGGAGGAGUGCAGCCAAUGCAAGAUGCCACAGUCG